GAAUGUGCUCUGCUGAAGCCACGCAGCUCAACAGUAUCUCACCAGUCUUACAAAAAUGUCCAUGUGGAGUUUCAGCUUGCUUUUGAUCUCUUUACAGUGUGUGUUUGGUACUAGUUCCGAUGCCGAUGAUACGAUAUCAGUGAUGGAGGACGAUUCUGUCACCCUACAUGCUGAUGUUUAUGCAAUAAAGAGAGAGGAUCAGAUACUGUGGAGAUUCGGACCUGAAAACUCUCGUAUUGCUGAAAUCUACAAGCAGAACAUGCCAACAUAUGACAUUAAUGAGAGAUUCAUUGACAGACUGGAGAUGAAUAUUCAAACUGGGUCUCUUACCAUCAAAAACAUCGGAAUACAACACUCUGGACUUUACAAAAUAACCAUCAUCAGUAAUGGAGGGACUUCAGACAAGAGGUUCAGAGUUAUUGUCUGUGCUCGUUUGCCUGUUCCCAACAUCACAAGAGACUCUUCACAAUGUUCAUCAUCAGGAUCAUCAGUGUCCAGAUGUUCACUGCUGUGUUCAGCUGUGAAUGUGAGUGCUGUGACUCUCUCCUGGUACAAAGGAAACAGUUUAUUGUCCAGCAUCAGUGUGUCUGAUCUCAGCAUCAGUCUCUCUCUACCUCUGGAGGUGGAAUAUCAGGAGAAAAACACCUACAGCUGUGUGCUCAACAAUCCCAUCAGAAACCAGACCACACAUCUGGACAUCACUCAACUGUGUCAGCCAUGCGCAGACCCUACUCAUUGUUGUGGUUCUGCUGAAGCUGUGAUCCGAUUAGUCGUCUCUGUUGUGGUGGGCGUGGCUACUGUUGCUGUAUUAGUUGAUCACUUCAGAUCUGUUAGUGUUGGACCUAGAGAACAUACAUCACCAUCGGUCCCUUAAAUGACUGUUUUUUGUUGUUGUUUUUAUAUUCCUCUUCUUCAGAAUGAGUAUAAACAUCGGUGGACAUGUACUACUCAGCCUAAGCUUUAUUUGUUACUCAUUCACUGACUGUCUGAUGCAUAUGCACACAAAAAUGACAAAUACUGAAUAAUGAGUUCCAUUCAGAUUAGAUUUCUGCCCUUUUUUUUUAAAAAGGAAAAAGCUGUUUACAGGGUACAAUUAAAAUUUAAAAAGGGGGCAAAUGGAAAUCCACAAGCAGAACCGUAUUACUAUUUAUUGUUAUGUGUUCUGAGAUAUGUCUGUGAAACAGAAACCAUUUACAAAGGCUAUUCACUUUUUACACUAUCUUCUGUACUGCACGGAGACUGCCUCACUAGUAUAUUAACCAUACCAUGUCUGUGAAUUUAUUUAUGUAUAUUUAUGUAUUAAUAUAUAUUUAACCCAUGUGCAUCAAGUAAAAAAGUUACACAUAGGUCAGUGGACAAAAAUCUCCAUGUAAAAAAUUGUCAUAAAAAUGUGAAGCUUGGGAGCACAGAGUUAAGUUUGGUCUCAUUUUAAAGAAGACCCAUGGCAGAUUA